AUGUCUGCUAAGCGGAAAUCCACUCCAACCAAACUUCCGGCGGAGAACGCCGACGACUCCGGGCACCAGGACGCCGCCAAACUGGGAAGGGUACCUCCAUGGUCUCGGCGCAAUGGCCUGAGUCCUCUGUUGGGGGUUUCUCCCGGAGUCACACCCCCCAUAAGUCCACCCUGUGCUGCUCAAACGCGGACAUCCGUGGAAGGGUCGGAUACUCCUCUGAAUCUCUCGAAGAAAGUCAACAACGGAGGACACUCGAACGCCGCAAGUCCGAACGGCAGCGCGAGCAGUAGUCCAAUUCCUGGCGUCUCGAAUGUCGACGACCCCUUGAAUCUCUCGGCACUGUUCCCGUUCGCGUCUCCGAUGGGGCCUCUGCUUUCGGCUCCAUACAACAACCACCAUCACCACCAGCACUCGACGUCUCCUGUAGGUUUCAAUGCUAGUUCAAUACUCUCGAUCGCUUUCGGAGGCUUGUCCAAGAAAACAGAAUCGUCAUCGCCACCGGGAUCGCGAGCCCUUUUGUUCGGCAAGGAUUCGCCGAGCUUCUCCCACGCGUCGUCGAUGAGCUCUUUCGAGAAGGAACAGGCCGACAGCUCGUCUUCCGAGUGUGGUGACGGAUCUAAAGUCAUUUCAUCUGACCCGUUGCUCGGCGCUAAGGUCAUAAGGACCGGGCGCGAUACCGUCGAUCGUAAGCAGCACAUCAAGCGACCGAUGAACGCUUUUAUGGUUUGGGCCAAGGAUGAGCGGAGGAAGAUCCUCAAAGCGUGUCCCGACAUGCACAAUUCGAACAUCUCGAAAAUCCUGGGAGCCCGCUGGAAAGCAAUGACCAACAGCGAGAAACAGCCGUACUACGAGGAGCAGUCCCGAUUGUCCAAGCUGCACAUGGAGAAGCAUCCGGAUUAUCGAUACCGACCACGACCGAAGCGGACGUGUAUCGUCGAUGGCAAGAAGCUCCGUAUCUCCGAAUACAAGACCCUGAUGAAACAGCGUCGAGCGGAAGUUCAACACCUCGUCGGCGCAUCGGGAUCGACCGCAGACUCGCCGCCUCCACCCGCGAUUUCCCCGACACUGACCCCGAUCGGCGUGAGCGGCAGAACUUCCUCCGGGACCGCGACCCAACCCCUAGCCUGA